AGAUGUUUUUCUUUAUUCAGCAACCAAAAGUGAUCAAGAGGCUUACAAGGUCCAGUUUACUCAAAAAGAACUAAAGGAGCGACUCACACCACAGGAAUAUCAUGUCACUCAACAAAAGGGAACAGAGAGGUGUGUUCUUUGUACUACGUUUCUCAAUGGAGGAUCCUGGAUCAAACACAUUUUAAAUACACAUUUGAAUGCCAGGAUUCGAGAUCAGUGUUUUGGAACAAAAAAAGAGGGGCGAGAUUUGGGAAUUUGAUAACAAUGUAAUGAGAGAUUAUUAGGAAAUUAUUUGGGAAGUUUUGUUUUGAUUAGAAUAGCUGAUAUCUACAUGUAGUACGUAAUAAGUGAUCUACCCUACAGUUUCGUAGAAUUGAAAAAUAUUAUACUUGUCAUAUGCAUAUUUUGAAAGACGUAGUGUCUUUAUGUGCACCCUGAGCCAGUAAAGUCUUUCUUUGACUUGCUUGAUUUUAACGCAAGUAUUCAAGAAAAACUUUAAAUGAAUUGUGCAAGAUCUUUGUUGAGCAUGCGCUGCAUGUUGUAAGCAUAUUGUUUUGAACCUAGUUCUAACAGCCACGUGCUUGCUACAGCAGGCAUAGUUAUGACCAUCGGCUUAUCAAUAAACAGAUGCUAGCACCCAAAAAAUCAAUUUAACAAGAGUAAACAAGAUUGACUUGUCCAGAAGUUCAGGCUGCAGCAACCUCAAAGGCUUGAGGCUAUUCAGACAAAGCCUCAUUUUCUCCUCACUCAAGAUGACAAUAGGAGGUUCUGCUUGUGGCUACUAAUAAAUUAAUUAAUACUAAAACAUAUUACGUGAACAAAUUUUUAAAACCUACAUGCAGUCUGUGGAUUUAUGGGUCCACUGUUUUUUUUUUUCACAGGGCAUUUACUGGCAAACUGGUGGAUAACAAAAAGAAAGGAACCUACAGAUGUACUGUUUGUGGCAAAGAGCUUUUCCUCUCUGAUGCCAAAUUUGACUCAGGUUCAGGGUGGCCUUCAUUUUGGGAGACAUCCAAGGACGGAAGUGUCAGAGAGAUUUUGGAUCGAUCAUAUGGAAUGACUAGAACAGAAGUGACUUGUGCUGAUGUAAGUACAGCGAAACCCGUAAGAUCAAAAUUUGAAUUCUCAAUUGUUGCCGCUACUCAUUUCCUACAAAAGUAAUGGGGAGAAGUUGAUAUUAAAGAUAUCAAGCAAAUUCGUCUUGUGUGAUCAUGUCCGUUGUUCUCAUGACCACUCUGUUUUACGAAGUAUUGAUAUUACAAGGAGAAAUUGUAUGCUGAUCACUCUUAGGGCUUAAAUGGUUAAGGCAAGCGAGUGAGAUUUAAGAGUAGGGGUUUGGUAUAGGAGUAGGUGUGGUGAUGACAAUGACCUCAGUAUAACAAUCAAUGACAGUAUGCAAAGAAAGUAGUGUCCGAUAGCCCAGGACUAGUGGAUUUUGCUAUUGGGCUAUUGAAUUCUGUUCUAUGCUUGCCCGAUGGGCAAGUGAAGUUUUUUGAGGAGUUCAAAUUACAGGAGAACUCAACUGUGUGAUCAAUCCUGCUUAUCAAAAUGUUUUUGGGGCUAGUUAAAAUGAAUUUUGGGCUAUGGCAAGCUGUAAAACUGACUUUCUUUGUACCCUGCAAUGUUCUCCUCAGAACUUACUAUCUGUAGAAGGGUCUAGUACUUAGGGGGGCACUCCCCAUUGCCUUUGAGGCAGAGGCCCUGCCCAAAGGGGUACGUUUUUCAGGCUUCUGGUAUACAACUGUACGAAAGGGUCUAGGGAUAUCACAAGUUCUUCUAUAUGUAUAAGAAAGGGCAAGGAAAUCUGAAAUUUCGGUAUUCAGUAGGCCUUACCCGGUAAAAUUGAAAUAUUUUAAACAGCUGCACCUUAUGGUUGUAUUGUUUGAAUGAAAAUUUAUAACAACUUAACCCCCCCUCCCCUUCCCUCCCCCACUCCACCCCUGGAUAAGGGAUCCCGAUCGAACUACCCACAAGGGUUGUCAGAAAGUUUUGAAGUAGAUGGCUGGGUUGUCAAAGUAAGUGGCCAGUCCAGUGAUAUUUUAUUUCAAAUACGCCAUCCGUAAAGAAAUGCUAAGCAGAGUAGCCGGCUGAUACUAACCAAGUAGUCGGCGAUUUUCACUGGCAGCCGGCUACUUUUGACAACCCUGUACCCACCUUGUAAUUAAAUUGCUAUGGACGUUUUUAGGCCAUCGAUCAGCAAGCAAGUUAGGUUAUGGAAAAAUGAUUAAAACCUACGUGGAGUUAUACUUUUUUCUUUGGUUUUACCUUCUUUCACAGUGUGGAGCCCAUUUAGGACAUGUGUUUGAUGAUGGCCCUAGGCCCACUGGCCUUAGAUACUGUAUCAAUUCAGCAUCACUGAAAUUUGACCCUUCCAAAGGUAAGUUAUGA